UGGGUCACAUGUUGUCUCUUGUAAAACAUGUAGGUCCACUCCUCAUAUAAAGAAAUGCAACUACAGUAUUCUGACUUUAGACCAUUUUCUAUUUAGAUACAGUAACAUCCCUUAUGUGACAUGUUGUUGCUGCAUGUUAAUGCCCUGACUAGACUACUUUAAAAUGUGUCAACCACAGAACUCACACUUAGGCUAUGUCUGCUUCUACUAAUACUUACAGUAGACUACUUCUUGUUUCCACGCAGUGACAGUGCGUUGACUGACUGUUCAAGACCUCUCCUCUUCACUUCACUCUACUGCAGGGUGGGAGAUGCAACAAUGUCCUUGAGAACAGCAGGAAGUGUGUUGGUGGUCUUUCUCUGGUCUGUAGCAGUGGUACUGGGUCAGGAUGGCUGGAGUGUGACUUACACCACUCAGAGUAUCUGUGUCUUGAAGGGGUCAUCAGUAGAGCCGUCCUGCUCUUACACAUAUCCCAGUGGUACAGUCAGAACAACCUUCUGGUUCAACAAAUAUGAUGCUGUUGGUCCUGUAAGUCUGAGUGAUGACCCAGACUACAAAGGUCGUGUGACGUACCGUAAGGAUAAAGAGAAUGGACACACCCUGACAAUCACAGACCUGAGAGAGAGUGACUCAGCUACGUACAAAUUCCGAUUUACAGAUCAGACUGGGAAAUGGAGAUAUACUGGCGAACCUGGAGUCACUCUGUCUGUCACAGGUCUUCAGGUGAAGGUGACUGGUGGACAUCAGGAUAAGACACUGACCUGUAGCACCACCUGUACUCUGACUGACAACCCCACCUACAUCUGGUACAAGAACGGACAACAUCUAGAUGAGAGCACCUCCCCCCAGUACAAAGACCCAGUCUCCAGUAACUAUGAAGACAGCUACUCCUGUGCUGUAGAAGGCCAUGAGGACCUCCACUCUCCUGCAGUGUGUGUCCAGGGUCAGGACUGCAACAUAGUGACUUACACCAAGAGGACAAUCUGUGCCUUGAAAGGGUCAACAGUGGACAUAUCUUGUACUUAUGGCAGUGGUUAUGAUACUGUCACAUCAUCACUCUGGUUUAGUUCUAAACAGAAAUCUAGGUGGAGGGAUAAGUUGAUGCCUGAGGACCUAACCACAGACCCAGGGUAUGCAGGUCGUGUGGAGUAUGUUGGAGAGAAGGAGAGAGGUCGCUCCACCCUGAGAAUCACAGAUCUGAGAAUCACAGAUCUGAGAGAGGAGGACUCUGCUGAGUACAAGUUCAUAUUCAACACACAGACAUCAAGAUGGGGACACAGUUUCCCUGGAACAACUCUGACUGUCACAGACCUGCAGGUGAAGGUGACUCCUGCCACAGAGGCAGGGAAGAGGACACUGACCUGUAUCACCACCUGUACUCUGACUGACAACCCCACCUACAUCUGGUACAAGAACGGACACAAAGUAAAGGAGGACACUUCCAGACUGGACUCCGACUCCUUUAGUGAUGCAGACAGCUACUCCUGUGCUGUAAAAGGCUAUGAGAAUAUCUUCUCUCCUGCAGUGUGUCAGAAGUGUUGGAGUGUGACUUACACCCAUCAGAGAAUCUGUGCCUUGAAGGGGUCAACAGUGGACAUAUCCUGCUCUUACACACAUCCCAGUUAUCAUGAGAUCAAACAAGCUUUCUGGUUUACUAAAUGGUCUGGUAGGGAUCCUGAAGAUCUGAGCUCAGUGCCAGGGUAUGAGGGUCAUAUAGAGUACCUUGGGGAUAAGGAGAGUGACUGUACUCUGAGAAUCACAGACCUGAGAUUGAAUGACUCUGCUGGGUUCAGAUUCAGAUUCAUAACAUCUGGAGAAAAGUUUUCUGGCUCACCUGUCUCCCUGACUGUCACAGAUGUUGUGUUGGAGAUGGAUCCUACAUCUGUGUCAGAGAGGGAGAAUGUCACACUGAGAUGUAGAACCAAAUGUACACUGGUCUCCAACACAGCCUACAGUUGGUAUAAGAAUAGACAGCCUAUACCAAACAGCAACACCUCCUCUCCUGUCUAUAUCCUAUUCUCAGUCAGCAGUGAGGAUACAGGCAGAUACUCCUGUGCUGUAGAAGGACAUGAGGAUCUCCCCUCUGCUGAAGAGACUCUCACUGUCAGAUAUGGACCAAAGGUCACCUCAGUAUCAGUCAGUCCCUCUGGUGACAUAGUGGAGGGCAGUUCAGUGACUCUGACCUGCAGCAGUGAUGCCAACCCACCUGUGGACAAAUACACCUGGUACAAGAAGAACGUAACCUCACCAAAAGCAUCAGGACAGAGUUACAGCAUCACUAACAUCAGCUCUGAGGACAGAGGAGAAUACUACUGUGAAGCUAGCAACAUUAAAGGGACAGAGACUUCCAUCCCUGUCCAUAUUUAUGUCAUGUUAAAUCCUGCAGCAGUGUUUCCCUGGGUUCCUGUAAUGGGGGUGGGGGCUGUCCUGACUGCUGGAGCUCUGCUCCUCACCAUCUACUGCACUCUGAAGAGGAGAUACACAGGAGAAAGUGAUGCCACAACAGACACACAGAGUGUCCAUCCUGACUGUAACAGUGACACUUACACAGGUCUGAACAUGAGGACCAUGUCCCCUGACUACGACUCUCUGGCAAGUGUCCAUUCUGACCCUAACAGUAACAAGUGCACAUCUCUGAAGAAGAAUACCAGGUCACCAGAGUGACAUCCAGGCAAGAGAUAGUGAACCACCACAGAGCCUGGACUGAAUAGAACCACCACAGAACCUGGACUGAAGAGAACCACCACAGAACCUGGAAUGAAGAGAACCACCACAGAAGCUGGACUGAAGAGAACCACCACAGAAGCUGGACUGAAGAGAACCACCACAGAUCCUAGACUGAAGAGAAUCACCACAGAAGCUGGACUGAAGAGAACCACCACAGAUCCUAGACUGAAGAGAAUCACCACAGAUCCUAGACUGAAGAGAAUCACCACUGAAUCUAGACGGAAGAGAAUCACCACAGAAGCUGGACUGAAGAGAACCAACACAGAUCCUAGACUGAAGAGAUUCACCAAAGAAGCUGGACUAAAGAGCUACGGUUCCAAUCCAAAGCCAGGCCUCACACCUCUAUUCUCUUGCAACCAUAUCUAGAUGGUUUUCCAGACCAUGAACUUUAGCUUUGAGUAAAUGGUGGAAUAUAUUUGUAAUGUUCUUAUUAUGAUGAUAAAUGGGAUGGGUUAUGCUGCUGCUUUUUUUCAAUGGGAUUUUCCCAUUUCCAUAUUUUUUCUUGUGUCCCAAUCUGUUUCCUAUCUGUAGUUUAAGAUGACAUUUCUGAUCUGUUCCUAUGGGGUUUUGCCAUAUACAGAUGUUUUAUAACAUCAAUAGUACUACUUUCCUCAGUAACUAAUGAGGAUAAUAUUGAUAACAGCUUUCUAUCAUUUUUGUAGCUUUUGGGCCAAGUUUCUCCUGAUGUGUUUAAUGAUUUACUUUGUAUUGCUGUCAGACAUUAUUACUUAUUUGUAUGUUUUAUAUUACGUAAUCCUAUAUUGUUUUCUUUCAUUAAAAAAAAUGUAAUCAGUACAUUACAUACAUUUAAGCAUUUGCAGUUUUUUACAUGUUAUAUUAAUUAUAAUUCUAUAUUAAAAUUGUAUAUUAAAAA